CACGCCCACACAGCGAAAAACACGGCCAGACUCAAACAUGGCUGAAGUAGAUGAGCCCGAAACCACUUCAGACGGAAUCUUACAGGAGAUUUUCACGUCCCCUUUGAACCUGACCCUGCUCGCUUUGUGUCUUUACCUGCUGUACAAAAUCUUCCGCGGCGACAAGCCGCCGGACGCUGGCCCGGCGGAGCAACAGCUGCCCAAACUGAAGAAGCGAGACUUCACCCUGGACGAGUUGAAGCCUUACGAUGGGCUGCGCAGUCCCAGAAUCCUCAUGGCUGUCAAUGGCAAAGUCUUCGACGUGACCAGGGGGAGCAAGUUCUACGGGCCGGACGGUCCGUACGGCGUUUUCGCCGGCAGGGACGCGUCCCGAGGCCUGGCCACCUUCUGCCUGGGUCAGGAGGCCCUGAAAGACGAGCACGACGACUUGUCCGACCUGAGCGCCGCGCAGCAGGAGAGCCUCUCCGAGUGGGAGGCGCAGUUCACGUUUAAAUACGACUACAUCGGCAAGCUGUUGAAGCCCGGCGAGGAGCCGACGGAGUACACAGACGACGAAGAAGGGAAGGACAAGAAAGCGGACUAAAGAACGCCACACGCGCGUGCUCGUCGGGCGGUAAAGGACGCGGGAUGCCUUCAUGCUAAAUCUUCGCCAAAGGUUCCCUUAGGUUGCGUCAUGGCGACCGCGUCUUUCUGCUGCCUCGAGGUGUCGUCGGCGUCGAGCGAUAUACAAAUCAUAUUUUUGCAACCCCGGAUGUCAAAAUAAGUUUGUGGUGAUUAAGGCGGCACACGCGAUUGGGGGGGGGGGGGGGGGGGGUUAAAUCAAAAUGAAUGUAAGUUGUGAAGCGAAGAUUUUUUUUUUUUAAA